AUGGCUGGCGCCGCCCCCGAUCCUUCAAAAGUCAAGGGCAAUGCGCCAACCAUUACGACAACUCUCUGCAUCGUAUUAGCCAUUGUCAUCCUGAUUGGAGUUUGCAUAGCGAGGAAGACAAACACCCUCGCGGCGGUGCGAGAAGUCGCAACGCGCACAAGAUCAACACUUAGAGGACGCGGGCUGGACAGCAGCACCAUCAAUUCCAUCCCGAUCGUCCAAUACACAAGCACCAAUAGGCGCAACCGACGAAGCAGCCAUGAGUUUGAGCGCGGUCGCUUGGAUACAAUACCCGAGGGCGGCGUCGCGGGUCGGGACAGCAAUGAAGCCACGCCAAGGCCAAGCGUCCCUCAUCGCGUAUGCGACAAGUUGAAGGAGUGGAAGGCUCUAAUUCCAAAAAGACCGACUCCGCGCUUGCAAAAAUCCCAGCCCGAGCGACUGUCUCGCCAGGAGGAAACGUCUUGCGCCAUCUGUGCUGAAGACUUUUUCGACGGUACGGACCUCCGCAAACUGCCCUGCGGCCAUCUAUUCCAUCCUCGCUGUAUCGACGAGUGGCUGGCAGAGUUCAAUGUGACAUGUCCCCUAUGGCAAGUGGUCCCUCUUCGAUUUGUUUCGUGA